AUGAAACGGAAGCCUUCCGGAAUUUUAAAAUCGGACCCAAUAAAAAAUCGUAAACCUUCGGGACUAUCAAUAGAUCUUAAAUCGUCAAAAACAUUAGACGACGAGUAUUCACCCCCAUCAUCUGUUUCUCCACAACUGUCAGUAACAUGGGCAUCUCAAGUGCAUGCAAGCAGCAGUGAUAAUGAAAAGGCAGAUCGAGUCAAUCUAAUUAAUGACGCAUUUUUCGGCGAGGACAAACUGAUAGAGAUGAAAACUCCUGAAUGCCAUUCAUCAAGCAGGAGUCAAGAGUCGGUAGACGAGGAUUAUUCAGCAAGCUUAAAUGCAAUUAUCAAAAGAAAAGCAAGUAUCAAAAAGAAACGAGGAUCGAAACGAAAUCGUAGAGCUUCAAGUCCAGUAAGCCAAAUUAAUAUGGGAUCAAGCAGUGGUGACAGAAGGCGUUCAAGCGUAUACACAACUAGUUCAGGAGAAACUGCAGUAACAUUGGAUGAUGGAAAGGAUGAUUCAACUCAGGAUAGAAUAUUUGAAAAUAUCCGUCUACAUAAAGAAGUCUUGCAAUCAGUCAAAAUGGAACCAUGGAGUAUGAAACGGAAACUUAAACUCGUCAAACAAGCUAAAAGCUACGUUGUACAGCAUGAAGGUGUAUUGCAAGAACACUUUACAUCACGAACGGCCAAAAGUUUGUUAACUCAAUUCAACAUAUUUCUUGCCACGAAAUGGAGACAAAUACUGCGCGAAGUUACAAACCUUUCAACUUAUUUGAUUCCAUGGGAAUCCAGGAUAAAGGAAAUAGAAUCACAUUUUGGUUCUGUGGUGGCAUCUUAUUUUACGUUUCUUAGAUGGCUGUUCUGGGUAAACAUAGUCAUAUCGUUUUUACUAGUUCUCUUCGUAAUGAUGCCAGAAGAAAUCUAUGUCAACCCAGAUCGCGUUAAGUGUGAUAUUAGAAAAACCAUGUCCCAUCAGGAGCUAGCAAUAUCGUCAAACUUUAGUACUAUUUGGGAGUUUGAAGGAAGGUUGAAAUACUCAGCAUUAUUCUACGGCUAUUAUUCAACAUUUUCUGGUGCAAUCACAUGGGGAUACAACUUACCACUUGCAUAUUUCCUAACUGGCUUAGUAGUAUACAUCUACAGUUUCGUGGCAACUUUGAAAAAAAUGGCGAAAAAUUCUCGAAUGUCUAAGCUUUCGUCAAAAGACGAUGAAUAUGUGUUUGCUUGGAAAUUAUUCACUGGCUGGGAUUAUAUGAUUGGUCACACUGAAACGUCACAAAACAGAAUGGCUUCUAUAAUUCUAGGCUUUAAAGAGGCGCUGCUUGAGGAAGCUGAGAAGAAAAAAGACACAAGAAACUGGCGAAUAAUAUUGCUGAGAAUAACCGUUAAUUUCAUAAUACUUGGAUUACUAGCAGUAUCUGCGUUUGCUGUUGUACACGUUGUAAAACGAUCGAUGGACAUAAAGGAGACCGACUCGUGGUGGACUCGAAAUGAAAUAACUAUAGCAAUGUCAUUGAUAACUUUCUUUUUUCCCAUGAUUUUUGAAGCACUGGGAUUACUGGAAUACUAUCACCCACGAAAACAGCUAAGGAUACAACUGGCACGGAUUAUGGUUUUAAACCUGCUUAAUUUGUAUUCGCUCAUUUUUGCUUUAUUCGACAAGAUUAGUCAUAUGACCGAAGAAUUGCGAAGAAUGAAGCCAUCGGAUAUUACAAGCGAUGGCCAAUGCUUGAAUUUGGAUAAAAACCAAACAUAUAACAAUUAUAGCAUAUUGGCAAUGGCUUUUUAUACAGAUCAUAUUUUGAAACCGAUGUCACUUUCCUUGUCACAAGAUUCUUCAGAUACGUCGAACAAUUGUUAUAAAUUUUUUAUUAAAUGUCCUACACAGACCACCAUCAACGCAGCUAUUUUUACAAUGUUAUUUGCAAAUAUAUCGAGUUUAAUGCAUCCAUCAUCCGAUGCUCCCAACAUUGAUCUAUUGGAUUCGAACUUUAUAACGCCCCCGUAUGUUACGAGCGAUGACAUCAACUCUAGUGUAAUUACUGAGAGUAGUACAUCGACAUACAGUUAUGACGAGUACAGCCAUAAUAUAGCUGAUGAGGAAUUUGAUUAUGAAGAUUAUUUAGCACAAAGAAUGAGAAAUUUACCAAAUGACCAAUUCGAAGAUAUUCCAAUCAAUAAGCGAGACAUUAACAUAAGUUCAUUAUAUGAUCAAUUUAAUCUAUCUAUCCAAUCUACAGCUCAAUCAAUGACUACGAAUGAGUUUGUCGAGUUGGUAACACAAGUAAUUCACAACGACCUAGAAACAACUGACAGUAGUGAUUUUCUAACUAUGACCUAUACUGAACUUUACACGUAUGUUACCGAAAAAUACGAUGAAUUUCUGGAAUCAUACUAUUACUCAGAUGAAGAUGACAAUAAAGAAGAAAAUAUGUGUUAUCAAUGGGUUUGCAAAAAUACUACCGAACCAACAAGCGAAUUUCCCCCAAGCAGUGUACUGCUCGAAGAUGCCAACACGCAUGAUUAUUCAACCGAAGACGUAACGCAAGCCACACAGACCACCGUAACAGCGGAUAAGGAACUUAAGAGUCCUAGAGAAACCAAAUUCAAAAAUGCAGAUAUACGGACUUUAUGCUGGGAAACUAUGUUCGGCCAAGAACUAGCCAAGCUAACAAUCAUGGAUUUGCUAGUGACUAUUUUUUCUACGAUGACGCUUGAUUUCAUAAGGGCGUUAUUCGUUCGGUAUAUGAAUAAUAUUUGGUGUUGGGAUCUGGAAAAAGUGUUUCCAAAGUAUGGAGAUUUCAAGAUAGCAGAAAACAUACUACAUCUAGUCAACAACCAAGGAAUGGUAUGGAUGGGCAUGUUCUUUUCUCCAGGCCUUGCGGUGAUCAAUAUUUUCAAGCUUAUCAUCAUUAUGUAUCUCCGAUCAUGGACAGUUCUUACUUGCAAUGUGCCACAUGAAGUAGUAUUUCGAGCAUCGCGAUCGAACAAUUUUUAUUUUGCACUGCUGUUGACUAUGUUGUUUCUUUGUGUGCUUCCUGUAAGUUACGCGAUAGUUUUCUUAGAGCCAUCCUGGCAUUGUGGGCCAUUCUCACAAUCCAACCGAAUUUAUCAUCUUCUCACAAAUGCCACAGAAAAUAUUAUUCCUGAUGCUAUUACUAAAUACAUUGUAUCCCCGGCAGCAAUCAUACCAUUGUUGUUACUGUUAAUUCUAAUUAUUUACUAUCUCAUAUCGUUAACUGGAUCACUGAGAGAAGCAAAUCAAGACUUGAAGAUACAGUUACGGAAAGAGAGAACCGAAGAAAGACGAAAAAUGUUCAAAAUGGCAACGAAUCAACAUUGUCAGCAAAAUGAAGGCAUAAAUGGACUGUCAGAUUCAUGGCAUAAAGUGUUGGACUCUACACAACAAAGAAUCCAUUCAAUUUCUGGUGAUGAUAAUUAUAGUGACACUGCCGGAAGCAAAAAUCGCCAACUGCUGCAGAGAAUGAUGAAAAAAGCUCUAGUUAAACAACAAACAGUAACAGAACCCUGUAAAGCCAACAAGGAUUCAUCUAAUCUUAAUGAUAGGCUCAUUUCAGAAGAUACAAUCAUUGUACCAUUUGCUACCGAGUGUGCACAGGAUAACAGAAGAACAAAUAAGAACAAGCCUAAUCAAAAUGAUAAUGCACCUUUACCUCGUAUAUCAUUUAAAACAAUUAGCGAACAGAAGACCUCAAAAUGGGUAGAAAAAAUUCCUGUCAUCACAAUUAGCAAAACUUCUAGCGAUGAAUGUGUUAUUGAUUCAGAUGUAGAAGAUUGUGAUGAAAUAGGAACAGCCUUACAGUGAACACCAAAAAUUGUUCUACAGUGAAGUGUAAAAAAAAACUUCAACGUUUUUUCAGACAAUUUUUAAAAAUCAGAGCAUUAAUCUGUCAGUCG